CGGUAAGACUUGAAAGAGCAAGGCCGGCAGCUCGUCCCGUUUGGUGUUUAAACCAGGGCGCGAUUCCAGCGCUGUCGAUGAGACAAAAGUCUCUCAAAGCUCACAGGUCUAUCCAAACCACACACCACUUAGGUGACAAGACAAGCUAGCUCAGCAGCCCAUCCUCACUCCUCAGUAGUACUCCCAUGAGUCAACUCUGAAGUUCAGAACCCACCUCCCAAUGGCGCACCACCGCAACCAACCCCUGGAGCUCGCCGCUGCUCCCGAGCUCGACGACGACGGCCACGCCCCUCGCACCGGUAAUUUAUGGACUUGCGUCGCGCACAUCAUCACCGCCGUGAUCGGCUGCGGCGUGCUCGCGCUCUCGUGGAGCGUGGCGCAGCUCGGCUGGGUCGGCGGCCCCGUCGCGAUGGUCUGCUUCGCCUUGGUCACGUACAUCUCAGCCUUCCUGCUGUCCCACUGUUACAGGUCCCCUGAUUUGGAGAAAAGGCAGAGGAACUACACCUACAUGGACGCCGUCAGGACGCAUUUAGGGAAGAAGCACACUUGGCUCUGCGGUUUGCUCCAGUACCUGAACUUGUACGGGACUGCAGUUGCUUACACCAUCACUACCGCGACUUGUCUCAGGGCAAUCAAGAAGGCGAACUGCUACCACGACGAAGGGCACGAUGCUCCCUGUGGUUCACACGGAGAGCGCUUCUACAUGCUGCUCUUUGGGGCAGCUCAGCUGCUGCUGUCCUUCAUACCCAAUUUCCACAGCAUGGCGUGGCUGUCCGUUGUCGCGGCGAUCAUGUCCUUCACAUACGCCUCCAUCGGCCUCGGGCUCGGACUCGCCAAGACUAUAGAAAAUGAGACGAUCAAAGGAAACAUCGCCGGCGUUCCAAUGAGCACACCUAUGCAGAAAGUCUGGCGAGUGGCUCAAGCAAUUGGCGACAUCGCAUUCGCCUAUCCGUACACCAUAGUCCUGCUGGAAAUACAGGACACGCUGAAAUCACCGCCACCUGAGAGUGAGACCAUGCAGAAAGGAAACGUCAUCUCGGUUCUGGCAACCACCUUCUUCUACCUCUGCGUCGGGUGCUUCGGGUACGCCGCCUUCGGCAACGCCGCACCGGGUAACCUGCUCACCGGUUUUGGCUUCUACGAGCCGUACUGGCUCAUAGACUUCGCGAACGCCUGCAUUGUGCUCCACCUGCUAGGUGGCUACCAGAUGUUUAGCCAACAAAUCUUCUCCUUCGCGGACCGAUGCUUCGCCGCCAACUUCCCAAACAGCGCGUUCGUGAACAAGUUCUACGCCGUCAAGGUGCCCGGCCUGCCGGUCAGCUACAAGCUGAACCUCCAGCGGCUCUGCUUCAGGACGGCGUACGUGGCGAGCACGACGGGGCUGGCCCUGCUGUUCCCGUACUUCAACGAGGUGCUGGGCGUGCUCGGCGCGCUCAUCUUCUGGCCCCUGGUCAUCUAUCUCCCCGUGGAGAUGUACUGCAUAGAGCGGCAGAUCCUGCCGUGGACGGGGAAGUGGGUCGCGCUCCAAGCGUUCAGCGCCGUCUGCUUCGUCGUCGGCACGUUCGCGUUCGUCGGGUCCGUGGAAGGCGUCGUCAGGAAGAGGUUGGGCUAGGGCAGCCCACCAAGAAUGCCAAUAUUUGUGAUGCAUGGUUAAUGGUUUUCUGCCACGGGAGAUGAAGUGUAGAAGUACAAUAUACUGUGAUAACUGUUGAUGUUGUAUUAAGAUUUCAGUUCGUUUUUUUUCCAAAA